AUUAUGGGGGAUUCAGAUGAGACCCAGAACAAUUUGCUUUUACAUUCCUUGGUAAAUUAAAGUAGAAUAAAUGAGAGCAUUAAUUACAUUAAUCUAUUAGAUUUGAUGAAUAAAUAUAAUCCAGGUCCAGCAAUAAAAAAAGCUAUAGUGAAUGAUUAAGAUUUUAUUGAAGAAUUAGAAUAGUUUUUAGAUUAAUUAGAUUAACCUAAAAAAUAAAAGUUCUAUGAAGAAUCCAUGAUUCUUUUUGAUGAUAAUGAUAAUCAUUCAAUUUUGGAGUUCAAUAAUUUAAAUAAUAAUAACAGUAAAUUAGAGAGCUAAUCAUUUAAACAUCAAGAUGGAUGGUUAGACAAACUUCCAAUUAAACAUGAAUUUGAUGAUCUAGAAGAACUAGAAAAAAUACUAUCUUAAUGA